UUAUAUUAGUGAUAUAAAAGGGGGCGCUGCAACAGCAGUGGCCACAGUUCUGUGCUCCCUUCAGGACCAGAGGAUUGCUCACCAUGAAGAUGCUCACACAAGCCCUGUGCCUCUGCCUGGCCGUGUCCCUCACACUGGCCUUCCCGCAUGACCACGCACAUGACCACGUCCAUGCGCAUGACCACACGCAUGACCACCCGCAUGGCCAUGUGCAUCAUGCAUUAGCGGUCUACGACCGUUGUCAGGGUCUUGAGAUGGACGCCGUCGCUGUGAACGAAGAAGGUGUUCCCUACUUCUUCAAAGGUGACCAUGUCUUCAAGGGCUUCCAUGGCAACGCUGAGCUCUCCAACGAGUCCUUUGCAGAGUUGGACGAACACCACCACCUGGGCCACGUGGACGCUGCGUUCCGCAUGCAUCACGGGGAUAACCCCGCUGAUCAUGACCACAUGUUCUUCUUCUUGGACCACAAAGUGUUCAGCUAUUACCAGCACAAGCUUGAGGAUGGCUACCCCAAGGACAUCUCUCAGGCCUUCCCCGGUAUCCCUGACUACCUCGAUGCUGCUGUGGAGUGUCCAAAGCCGGAAUGUGAUGAAGACUCGGUGCUCUUUUUCAGGGGUUCUCAAAUCUACCACUUCAAUGUCAAGAGCAAGGCUGUAGAUCAGAAAGAGUUCAAGUCCAUGCCGAACUGCACGUCCGCCUUCCGCUACAUGGAGCACUACUACUGCUUCCACGGGCACAUGUUCUCCAAGUUUGACCCGAAGACUGGUGAGGUGCACGGCAAGUACCCCAAGGAGGCACGUGACUACUUCAUGAGAUGCGCCAAGUUCAGUGAUGACAGCGACCAUCUGGAGAGGGAGCGCUGCAGUCGUGUGCACUUGGACGCUGUAACAUCUGACAGUGCUGGGAACAAGUACGCAUUCAGAGGUCACCAUUUCCUACGCAAGGACAACAACGACGACCAGCUGAAGGCCAACACCAUUGAGAGCGCAUUCAAGGAGCUGCACAGUGAUGUGGACGCUGUCUUCUCCUACAACGAUCACCUCUACAUGAUCAAGGACGAUCAUGUCUACGUCUACAAAGUUGGCGAGCCCCACACCCUAGUGGACGGUUACCCCAAGACUGUGAAGGAGGAGCUGGGCAUGGACGGUCACGUUGAUGCAGCUUUUGUUUGCGACGAUCACCACAUCGCACACAUUAUCAAAGGUGGCCAUAUCUACGACGUGGACAUGAAGGUCAGUCCUCGCGUGGCGGGAAAUGAGCGACCGAUCUCAGCCUACAAGAAAAUCGAUGCAGCCGCGUGUGGUCCCCAUGGAGUUCGAGUUUUUGUUGGAAACCACUUCUACGACUACGACAGUGUCAUGCUGCUAGUCGCCGGCAGACACCUGCCUGAGCAGAAGAAGAUCUCCAUGGAGCUCUUCGGCUGCGACCACUGAGGACAACCAUGGGAAAACAGCAGCAUGAAGUGGGAUGCCUUCCACUGCAAUGCUUCUGUUGUUUUCCAAACUUGGAGGAAAAGGAGUUGUUGUUUUUUUUUGUUUUAUCUAUGACCAACACUGUACACAUGAACUGUGAAUAAAGAAAGUAUUUUAA